UUACAUGCCAGGUUCAUUUUCUUCAUUUUCUAUUAGCAUUAAGAAAUAUCGAUCUUAUUCACCCAGACCAAAUCAAUUGUUUUUUUGGGGGCAAAUCAAUAUUAUACUGACAACUUUUAUGGGGUUUGGAUCUGCAUUUGACAGUUUUCCCAGCUUUAUCAACAAUUAGAAGGGUUGUGAAAAAAAAUGGGUGCAUGCUGCACAGCUCAAAUUAAAAGAGAAAGAAAUGAUGGAUUACCGGCUAGGAUGCAUGAAGGAGGGAAAGAAAAUGGCAGUGAAGAUAUUGUAACUCAGGGUGAUUUUGGUGCAUUGGUGAGACUGCAAGGAUCCUCUACUUUUGUUUCCAUGUUUUCUCAACAAGGCCGAAAGGGUGUUAAUCAAGAUGCCAUGACAGUUUGGGAGAACUAUAUCGGUGAGCAAGAUGCAAUGUUCUGUGGCGUGUUUGAUGGACAUGGUCCUUCAGGUCACAAGGUGUCGCAGUAUGUGCGCAAUGUAUUUCCAUCAAAACUUGCCGAAUCAUUUAAGCAUCCACGAUUUAAUGCAAGCUGCAUUGAUGAAGACCUGAAGUCUGAGAAUGUUGAUGAUCCUGUUGACGAAAACCAUGGUCCACUAUAUUCUUUGGUGAAGGCAAGUUUAGUAGAGUCCUUCAAAGUUAUGGAUGAGGCUCUUGAAACUAAUGGUAAAAUCGAGAGUUAUUGCAGUGGCACGACAGCGGUGACAGUGCUAAAAAAGAACUUUCAUUUGGUAAUUGCAAACUUGGGGGACUCUCGUGCAAUUCUAUGCACAAAAGGUGAUAAAGACCAACUUCUUGCCGUCCAACUCACAGUAGACUUGAAACCGGAACUGCCAUGUGAAUGCGAGAGAAUUUGGAGUUGUAAAGGAAGAGUUAUGGCCUUAGAGGAAGAGCCAACUGUUUAUAGAAUAUGGAUGCCUGAUCAAGAAUCUCCUGGUCUUGCUAUGUCAAGAGCUUUCGGAGAUUUUUGCCUGAAAGAUUAUGGGCUUAUAUCAGUUCCAGAAGUUUUUUAUAGAAAGCUAACAGAGAGAGAUGAAUUCGUGGUGCUAGCAUCAGACGGGAUAUGGGAUGUUUUAUCAAAUGAAGAGGUGGUGCAUAUUGUUUAUUCAGCACAGAAGCGAUCCUCAGCAGCAAAACUGCUGGUAAACAGAGCCCAUCGAGCAUGGAAAUGCAAAUACCCGUGUGCCAAAAUUGAUGAUUGCACAGCAGUUUGCUUGUUCUUUAAAAAGCCAUCAUCAAUAAUCAAAUCCAAGUCUGAUACAUCCCAAAUACAAAAGUCGAGUGUGGAACCUCAUUUUCAACAGGGUAACUUAACCACUGAAGACGGUCUUGAAAGUAUCAUAGAUUCUGACAUUGCAACUGAUCAGACUGCUCAAGGAAGCUCUACAAAAAAAAAUAUUUCUACAUAUUCUCAGCGGACUGGCCUUAUGGUGAGCAAGCGUAGACCGACUCGAAACAUUGGUCUUAGACAUUGAUAAUAUAUAUAGAAAGCUUGUAGCUUUGGAAGAAAAGAAUAUGUUUCUAAGAUGAAGAAUUUCAGUUACUGAGGGAGCCAUGUCUUUUUGCUGCCAAAGGGUUAACCUAAAAUAUCAAACAUUUUUAUUGA